GCGCCGUGUCGGUCAAGUGCAGCUCAGGCCUGGCUCUGGUUUCCAGGAUCGCUACCGGGCGGAAGGUUGGACAAGCUAGAGCUGAGACAUAAAAAUGACUUCCAUAUUGACUCGAACUUUCAGAAAUCUGUCCGUUACAUCAACCUGGGCCAUCAAAUCCUCUGUAAGACCCCUGAGCUGUUCCUCUCAGCUACUGACACCAGCUGUACAAACCCAAACUAAGAAGACCUUAACCAAGCCUAAUGUAAAGAACAUUGUGGUGGUAGAUGGCGUGCGCACUCCCUUUCUGAUGUCUGGCACUUCAUACAAAGAUCUGAUGCCACAUGAUUUGGCCAGAGCAGCACUUAAGGGCUUGAUACAUCGAACCAGCAUCCCAAAGGAUGUUGUUGAUUAUAUUGUCUAUGGUACAGUUAUCCAGGAAGUGAAAACAAGCAAUGUUGCUAGAGAGGCUGCCCUUGGAGCUGGCUUCUCAGACAAGAUUCCUUCUCACACUGUCACUAUGGCUUGCAUCUCUUCCAACCAAGCCAUGACAACAGGUUUCGGUUUGAUUGCUUCUGGCCAGUAUGAUGUAAUAGUGGCAGGUGGUGUGGAGUUAAUGUCAGAUGUCCCUAUACGACAUUCCAGGAAGAUGAGGAAAUUGAUGCUUGAGCUUAAUAAGGCCAAGACCCUGGGCCAGCGACUGUCGUUAGCUUCUAAAUUCAGAUUGAAUUUCUUAACUCCAGAGCUCCCUGCUGUAGCUGAGUUCUCAACCAGUGAGACUAUGGGCCAUUCUGCUGACCGACUAGCUGCUGCAUUUUCUGUUUCCCGAGCAGAACAGGAUGAGUAUGCCCUUCGUUCUCACCGUUUAGCCAAGGAAGCCCAGGAGCAAGGAUUCCUCACUGACAUUAUUGCAUUCAAAGUUCCAGGAAAAGAUACAGUUACCAAAGAUAAUGGCAUUCGUCCUUCUUCAUUGGAACAGAUGUCAAAACUGAAACCUGCGUUUGUUAAACCCUAUGGCACAGUCACAGCUGCUAACUCUUCUUUUCUGACUGAUGGGGCUUCAGCAAUGCUGAUUAUGUCAGAAGAAAAAGCUUUGGCCUUGGGCUAUAAACCAAAGGCAUACUUAAGGGAUUUUGUGUAUGUGUCUCAAGAUCCAAAAGAUCAACUUUUACUGGGGCCAACAUAUGCUACUCCUAAAGUGCUAGAAAAAGCAGGUUUAACAUUGCAAGAUAUUGACGUUUUUGAAUUUCAUGAAGCUUUCUCAGGUCAGAUUUUGGCUAACUUUAAGGCAAUGGAUUCAGAUUGGUUUGCACAAAACUACAUGGGUAGAAAGUCUAAGGUUGGCACACCACCUUUGGAGAAGUUUAACACCUGGGGUGGAUCCCUGUCCCUUGGACAUCCCUUUGGUGCCACUGGUUGUCGGCUAGUCAUGGCAGCUGCCAACAGGCUAAGGAAAGGUGGGGGUCAGUAUGCAUUAAUUGCCGCCUGUGCAGCAGGAGGACAGGGCCAUGCUAUGAUUGUGGAGGCUUACCCCAAAUAAGAGGACUAGAGAGCCCCUGAAGGACCUGUAGGAGUCCUGUGCUAGGCAAUGCCAUUUCAAUGCACUAAAACAAAGUCAUCUACACUUGUGUGCUUCUCUUAGGAAAGCAGGAUCUGUAGCCUUUCAUUAACUGUCUCCUAAUUAAGCCUCAUGAGUGUUCUCAGCUAUUCAGUUUUAGGAUUACUUAAUCAAGCAAUAUAAUGCUUCCGAAUAUCUUUUAUUCUUAAAAAAAAUUUUUUUUGUUUGUUUCAUUAGAAACUAAACUGAGUGGUUAUAAUUUUGGGUAACAGAAUAUUAAGAUUUGAAGUCAUCUGUGUAGCAUUCUCAAAAUCUUUUAGUUCAGAAUUUUAUUUUGAAAUAACCUGCAAGUAAAUAUGGUUUCUUUCAUUCUAAAUAAAGUGCCUAAUCUAAUCCAAUAAUGAAAGGAUGAUGUAAAGACUAAACUACACGGACAAGCAGUAAUAAAUGUCUAGAUAUAGAAAUAUCAUCCUAAUUUGUCCACCUUAAUAAACUGAAGAAGUAUUAAA